AUGUCCUCCUCCCACCGCUCGCAUCUCACAUGUCGGCCGACCGCCGACACAGCAACGUCCGCUCGUCGGCCAGGCUCGGCCCUCGCCCAACAGCUCGUCGACGAGCCUUUGCCGAUAAUCAAGUGUGACCACUGCUGGCGGCUCGUGGUGCGCCAUGUUUCGAGCAUGCCGAAACAUCCCAGAUGGGUUUACUUCAAGUGCGAAAAGGACGGGGACGGAUGCAAAUUUUGGUAUUGGGAAGAAGAAUAUAUUGAUCUAUUGAUAGCAAGAAAUUUGCUUGAUGUUGGUGCAUUAGUUGCUAGAGAUGAAGCUAGAGAGGAUGCAAUGUUCAAGUUUGAAGAGGAAGAGAAGAAAGAAGUGUGCAAGCUGAAGCCAGUAGGGAAAAGAAACAAUGUAGUCAAUCAAGAGAUGGAGAAAGCAUUGAUUGGAUUAACAGGAGCAGUUAAGGAAGUAGUGUUUCUAUUAAAAUGUGUAUUUUUUCUUGUAGUUUUCUUUGGAUUGGUUCUCUUAGUGAAGAAUUGGUGGAGUAUGUAA